GGCGCGCUCGGCGCCGCGUCCCGGCCAUGACCCUGCGGCGGCGGCGGCGGCUUCGGCCGAAGGAGGAUGCGGUGGUGGCGGUGGCGGCCCCGGAGCGCCCCGGCCCCGCCGCCGUUUACCGAGCGCUGGCGGCCGCCGGGGGCACCCUGCCCCGGGUGCGCAAGGGUGCGGGGUUCAAGUGGGGGUCCCCGAGCCAGUCUCCAGAGGAGCACAGGAGGGUGGUGACACUGGAGAAGAAGGCAGAAGAGACCUUCGGCUUCGAGAUCCAGACCUAUGGGCUGCACCACCAGGACAGGAACAGUGUGGAGAUGUUCACCUUCGUGUGCCGGGUGCACGGUGGGAGCCCGGCUGAGGCUGCGGGGCUCAAGGCUGGGGACACAAUCACGGGGGUGAAUGGGCUCAAUGUGGAGGGCGUCCGGCACCGGGACAUCGUGGAGAUCAUCAAGAGCUCGGGCAAUGUGCUCCGGCUCGACACGCUCUAUGGGACGUCCAUCCGGAGGGCUGAGCUGGAGGCCCGGCUGCAGUACCUGAAGCAAACGCUCUAUGAGAAGUGGGGCGAGUACCGCUCGCUGAUGGUGCAGGAGCAGCGGCUGGUGCGGGGCGUGGUGGCCAAGGACCCCAGCAUCUACGACACGCUGGAGUCGAUCCGCUGGUGCCUGCAGGGCGAGGGGGGGCUCCCCGGCGGCUCCCCCCGCGCCAGCGGCAGCGAUGAUUCCUUGUACCAGACCUGCCUCUUCGCCUCCGCCGAUUCCCUGGACCGGGACAAGGACGGGGACAAGGAUGGGGACAAGGACAGGGGCACCUCGGGGCCCGCGCCCCCCCCACCGCGCCCCCGGCCAGCUCUGGCCCGCAGCGCCAGCCUCAAGUGUGGGGCAGGCCCGGGGGUGCGGUUGUGGGGCAGGGCCGGGGACCCCGGGGAGGGGGCGGUCGCUGCCCCCCGUAAGGGCCGGCACAGCAGCUUCCGCCAGCGGCUGCUCAAGUUCAUCCCGGGGCUGAACCGGGCGCUGGAGGAGGAGGAAAGUCACCUCUAAUGGGGGCUACAGAGGGGUCACCUCUAACGGGGUACCGGGAGGAGCAUCGCCUCUAACGGGGGUACAGGGAGGA